AUGGCAAGCCAAGGUUACUACAACCAGGGCCCUCAGUAUCCUCAGCAAAGCUACGGCGGCGGCUACCCUCCUCAGCAAGGCUACCCCCCCCAGCAAUAUGGUGGAUACAACCAAGGUCCUCCGAUGCAAUACCAGCAAGGCCCACCCCAGCAGGUGGUCGUGAGGCAAAAGAAAAGCCGCGGAUGCUUGGAAGCUUGUCUUGCGGCCCUCUGCUGUUGUUUCGUCGCUGAAGAAGGAUGCGAAUGCUGCGCCGACUGUUGCGAGUGCUGUGCCGACUGCUGCUAA